CCUCUGUUCCCCACCUAGAAUCUAGAUGCCUACUACCAUUUAACUGCAGCAUUUCCACACCAACAUUCAUCCCUUUCAACCGGGCUGCAGUCUAGUUCGGGGCUGUGCGAAAGAAGCCUUUAUCAUGCCUGCGGUACGGCCUGCUUCCAAGCGGAAGGCUCCGCCGGAGGGCUUCAGCGAUCUCGAAGAAGACCUCCUCAUUUUCAGCAACCAGAUGAAGGACGCCCAAAACACUCCCACUGAUAACGCUCCCAAGCACCAGGCGCAGUGGCCGGUGUUCCAGAUCUCGCAUAGGCGCAGUCGGUACAUAUAUGAGCUUUACUAUGAGAAGGAGGCUAUCAGCAAGCAACUUUACGAGUGGCUCUUGAAGAACGGCUACGCGGACGCCAUGUUGAUCGCGAAGUGGAAGAAACAGGGUUAUGAGAAGCUUUGCUGUCUUAGAUGUGUCCAGACGAAGGAGACAAACUUCAACUCGACCUGCAUCUGUCGGGUUCCCAGAGCGGAGCUCAAGAACGACCAGGACAUCCAGUGCGUCAGCUGUGGCUGCAGAGGAUGUGCCUCAAGCGAUUAAAAUGGACUUGGACGAAUAUAUGGAGUUCUUGAGGCAAUAUCGGACAGUUUGUUCCCCGGAUGGCGAGGGGGAUGAGGUUGAGACUUGAGACCGGCCUGCAUCGGAGUUAUGGCGCUCUCGUUUGGGGGCAUUUUUGCAUGGGACCAUGGAGCAAGACUCUCUAUCCCCGUGGAAAAAAUACCAGCAUGUUAUUGAGUAGGGUAUUUGGGGCCGUCGUCAAACGACAAAAUUCUGUAUUCAUAACCACCGGGUUUCCAGUUCCCCAAAUUUUCAAGGCAUUUCCCUCA